AUGCGAUCACAAGGACGAAAUUUAUGGAAGUCUGAUAACAGCCUUCGACGAGAGCCAUUUUUCAUAUUGCAUUAUAUGGUCAGAUUUCAGAAUUGGGAACCGCUCGCUGAGGUCAAUUGGAUGCAUCAUGCUACUGAUUUGUUCAUGGGUGUCAUUGAUGCGGAUCAACCAGCUCUCUUACCAGGUCGAUUACCUUUACCAACCGGUUGCACCACCUUCUCAAAACAAGAACAAGCUGAUAUCUCUCGUUUCUUAGUCACUCUGCUUUCCAAAGAAUUUCUAAUCAAACCUGUUGAUAGAAGAUCUAACGUUGUGCAGAUCUUACUUGGCGAUGUACGUGCUUGUACUCCUACGCCAAUUCUUCCACCUCAUCUUGUUAGGUAUCUCGCCAACACGUAUUCAGCGUGGCUCAUUGCUAUUGAGCAUCUUCAAGAGAUGUCAGAAGAGUUAGUGGACGAUGAAGUGACUCAGGAGAUAGUGAGUGACGUGCUAGCUCAAUUGUACACCGAAUUGGGGGAGACAGAUAUUUUCAUGGUCCAAAUCGGAGAAUGGACACUUGCUGAACAAGCUGUAAGCAACUGUUACUAUAUCAAGCCAUCAGUCCCUUGUACAAUUGCUCAUAUUGGUUAUAUUCUUGAAUCACUUAUGUUUCAUUUAAAUACCAGUAUACAAGAUAGAGCACGUUCAGAUUUGAUCACAUUGGGCAAAGACGAAUCCAGUUUGUGGGAGGAUCAUUGGGUUCUAUGUGUUAAAAAAAUGCAACAGUGGGACUUUUUGAGCGAGUUAGCAAGAGCAGAACACAAUAGCAAACUCCUGCUUGAAUGCCAAUGGCGACGACCUGAUUGGGAUACGGAGCAUGCGAACGUAAAACUGGCACUCAAUUCUUCACCUGGACAAAGUAUUCGAAAAAAUACGCUUCAAGCAUAUCUUACGUUAAUGAAGAAUCAUACUGGUGUGACACUCGAUGAGGGAAAAGCUUUACAGACAACCACUAGUCAGAACCUAGAUUCCCGAUCAGCUGAUCUGAAACAUGUUAUCAAUACCUGGCGGGAAAAUCAAAGCUUUAUUGGCCAAAUCAUCGGAAAAUUUAGCAAAGAUGCCCUGACAAGUAGAUUGUCUACGGUGUAUCAACUUGUGCCGGAUGUUGCUAACACGCCAGUGUUUCCUUGCUUUCAGCGAUACAAAGAGGAUAACAACAACCACUUCGUGAAGAUCCUCCGGUUUUCAACUAGAUAUGGUGCUCAGAAACACAAGGACCUCAUUGUAGUCUUCAAGAUAUCUGAUAAAGAACAUUGUACUGAAGCUGGCUUUGCUAAAGAUGAUCCAAUCGUAGCCUAUGUUGAGCGGAUGAGAUCGUUGGCAUACGAUCGAGUGGAUGCGGGCUGCCCAAUGCAUUUUCAGGAGGAACUUGAACACCGGUUAUCAAUCUUUGUCCGUGAUGAGAUUGUAGCCUGGAAUACGAUGAGACAAAUUAAAUUAGCUCCUGAUGAUCCUCGAUUGAUGAUCACCGUGAAACAAAAUUUACAAAGCGUGAUUAAGCGAGCGCACGUAUUGAGUUGUGAAAUGGAAAGAAUGACGAUUGAUCCACAUAACCCACAACCCGUUUGCCAGAAUGUAACAGAAUUGAUCAAUACAGCUACAAAUUUACCAAAAUUAUAUAGUAUGCAUCCAUCUUGGAUGCCAUGGUUAUAA